AGAGAGAGAGAGAGAGAGAGAGAGAGAGAGAGAGAGUCUGCAGAAAGUCCAUUGAUUUCACUCUUUAGUUUUCGGGCUUCAUGGUAAAUUAAAUUCCAAUCGCGUGUACAGCCGGGGCCGUCUGUCAACUCGAGUCGUCUGCCGGAGAAAUCAACUGUUGCUGCUGCUGCCCAGCGACUGAAGAAGAAACCAGAUUUGUGUCUCCUCCUAAAUCUUUGAUGCCUGCGCUGUGGCAUUGAAUUUGGCCAGAAUCGAUGACGGGCGCUAGUUUAGCCACCGAAUUCGUUCUUCAUGGACAUUUUCAACGCACUGAAUUUGUCGGACGGCACUGUUCAAUUAGCCUACCAUGGAAAACAACAAGGCUUUUGUUUCUAUAGAUACUUUGGUUCUAUUAUUAUUUAGGUGUUGUUGGGUGUUGAUACCGCAGCUCAUCAGCAGGCAUCAUACGGAAUGACCAGCCUCCCCACGAUAGCUGCCUUCAGGCGUUUGUGAUAUUUGGGAUUCGUUUUUGUUUUGGACUGUGACAGACACAAGAAGGGGGCGAUUGGACGUUUUGUUUUCCACAAGCCCAUCCAGGCUGCUGUUUGGAUUUAUUUCCUGUUGGUUUUGAUUUCUCCUCUCCUGACCUUGCCAGCCGGCGGUCUACAAUCUCAACAGCGCAAAUGUUGAUGAUGGAAAACAACAACGGUAUGGAGCAUCACGCGCAUCAGGUUGACUCGGAAUAUGAGCCACACAGCCGGCCACGCUCGUGCACCUGGCCGCCACCGCCACCGCCGUGUCCAGAGGGUAUCCCGGGAGGAGGGGAGGACGACAACCGGGAGGAUAACCGGCAUGGUUUACCCGGUUUACCCUUGGCGUCUGUGAAAGUGGAGCCGUUCACCGUGCCAGCGUGCCGCGGCGGCGGGGCGCCGUUAGACAUGCAGCACCCCGCCGGCGCCCCAGCACCGAUCGCGGCAGCCACGGCACCCGCGUGCAUGUCCGUUACCGGGGCUGCCCUCGAUGUAGUAGCCGGACAGCAGCAGCUACGCAAAUCCAAAUCCUCGAGACGGAACGCGUGGGGCAAUCUGUCGUAUGCAGACCUCAUUACGCGCGCGAUUGAAAGCACCCCCGAAAAACGGCUCACUUUGUCCCAGAUCUACGACUGGAUGGUCCGCUUUGUGCCGUAUUUCAAGGAUAAGGGAGACAGCAACAGCUCGGCAGGAUGGAAGGUAAGGGCUUGCGUGUUCCGUGCGGAAGGGACUGAAAGGGGCGGCAAGUAG